AUGCUUAGUAUCUUAACCCCAAAAUUCAGCCUCAGCAAAGCAACACAGGCUAUGACCAUGGCGUGGUACUGUUCUGGAUCCACCAACACCGAGUUGAUUGAGAACCUAUUCAAGGCUGGACUGAUCCACGAUGAGCGUGUGAAAGAUGCCAUGAUAGGAGUUGAUCGAGCCCAUUAUGCCCCAUCAAGGGCGUAUUCAGACUCGCCUCAACCCAUUGGAUAUGGGGCCACCAUAUCAGCACCGCACAUGCAUGGCCAUGCAUGUGAGUAUCUGAUUGAUUAUCUCAAACCAGGCUCUAGAGUGUUGGAUAUUGGAUCUGGUUCGGGAUACUUGACCCAUGUCCUUGCCAAUCUGGUGACCAGCCCUGGCAACCAGGGACAGGUGAUUGGCAUUGACCAUAUCCCCGAGCUGACAGACCUGGCUCGUACCAACAUGGACAAGUCCAAGUCAGGUAGUGGGUUACUGGCAUCCCAAACUGUCAAGUUUAUCACUGGCGAUGGACGUCUUGGAUGGAAAGAAGGUGCACCAUACGACGCCAUCCACGUUGGCGCCGCGGCCGACAAGCUUCAUCCCACUCUGGUGGACCAGCUGCGUGCUCCGGGGCGGCUUUUCAUUCCGGUGGAAACCGAAGACGACGAGAAUGACAGAGAUAGUAUCAGCGGAGGUCAAUAUAUUUGGGUGGUGGAUAAAAAGGAAGACGGAUCCAUUCACAAGGAGAAGGUCUUCCAGGUGAGUUAUGUGCCCUUGACGGAUGCUCCAAAAGGAUGA